AUGCAGAAGAGCUCAAAGACGGACCUGCUCGUCCGCGUGCGCUACCAGAACCCGCUGCCCGCGCCGCCCUUCCCGCCAAAGCUCAUCAACAUCCCCACUGGACCGCAACGCUACGCGACCUACGACUUCCUCUCGCCCAUCCAGGGCGAGCGCGAGCUCCCCCUCAUCCUCGACAGUGAACUCGGACUGCCGCUCGAGUAUGGCAAGCCGCACGAGGGCGGGCGAGGCGACGGGGAGUACUGGAUGGGGAACCGGACAGGCAUCGCGCCAGUCCCCAAUCCGAACGCUCCCAUCGCGGACGAGGAUGCCUUCAUGUUCGAAGACGCAACGCCCCAAGGUGCAGCUGGCCCGUCCUCUGCGACCGGCUCAAUUCCUGGGACACCCGGCCGCGCAUCCGUCACCGAGGUCAGCAAGAAGGUGGAUGUCAGCUGGUUGCGCAAGACGGAGUACCUCAGUAGCGAGGCGAGCAGUCAGCGGCAGGCUCUGCAGGCGAUGAACGGAACCCCGAAGCGCGACACCGGCCUCAACGCCCUUGACCGCGACAGCCGCGCCGCGGCCAUCUCCGCCACCUUUGCCGAAGCACACAAGCCCCUCGACGAGCUGCAACACCCGACGAAGCGGGAUUUGCGGGCCGUCGAGGCAUUCGAGUUGCUUCCGGACGACGACUUGUGGGCGAACGAGUACGAUCUGGUUAGGUUUGGCGAGGACCCGUCGACAAGAGCUCCCGGCGAACCAGCACGCCUCGGACCGGAUCCUCGACUGCCUCGAGCCAUCUUCCGCGACCUCACCAGCGAGUUCCCCGAAGGCGAGGGACGAGUGUCGUUCUACCUACCGGCGAACGACCAGGCAGCGUUGGGAUACACGGAGAAGCGGUAUACGGGCGAGGAGAGCGCGGAGGGAGAGCCCUUCGACUUCCGUUGGGUGCGCGACUACGAGCUCCUCGUCAGCCGACCACUCGCGCAAGAAUACAUCUUCUCGUUCGACGCGGGCGAAGAUGCGACGGAAGGCGAGGAGCGCGUGCGGCCGCAGACAGUGGCAGGGAGGAAGAAGGGAGCGUACUACGUGCCGCUGCAGGCUGCGAUGCAGCUGCGUAAGAGGAGGCCAAAGCGCGGCGAGGACCCUCGCAUGUACCCUCAACCAACGGAAGAGGCGUUCUGGGACGGCAUGGCUAUCUCUCUUCACAAGCCCGACUCGAUCCUCGAGGGCGAGCACAAGCUCAAGUUCGACGCGUUCAAGGGCGAGAUUGCGAACCCGCCAGAAGACUGGGGCGUCCCGAGUCGCGGAGGAGGAAGUGCGAAGGGUGAUGAGGACGAGGCUGAGCCUCCUGCGAAGGAGGAGAACGGCGCGGAGGUUAAGGUGUCGGAGUCGCAGUCGCAGGAGUAG